CCUAGCCGCGCAGCCUUUUCAGGGCCGAGGGCCCGCAAACCGGCCUGGCACGGCGGCUUCGGAGCUCUCUGCACACCUUCGCUCCUUCUCCCUCCCACCUGCCUUUCCAGGGGCUCCUGUGCGCGCUCCCUCCUUCCUCUCCCUGCCGCCUCCUCCUUCGGCCCGACAUGGCGGGCAAGGACGGUAGGAGCGGCCCUGCCCGCCCCCGUGCCCGGCCGGGCGGUGGGUGUGAGGGUGCGUGUGCCCGGGGGUGGUGGAGCGGGGCCGGCCGCUCCGGGAUUCCUGCCCGAGGACAUGCCGCGGGAGAUGGGAGCGGGCAUGGCCGGCUGCAGUUUCCGUCCCGCCGGCCGCCCCCGAGGGCCCUGCGGGACCCCCGCUCCUGCCCCGUGCCCGCCCCGGUGGAGCCCCGGCCGGGGCUGCUCCCUCUUCAGCCCCUCCACCGCCGGUUCAUCCCUUCCCGCAGUGGUGGAGGAGCGUGUCAUCCGCGAGGAGUACAAGAUCUGGAGAAAGAACACCCCGUUCCUGUACGACCUGGUGAUGGUGCACGCCCUGGAGUGGCCCAGCCUCACGGUGCAGUGGCUGCCUGCUGUGACCAGGCUGGAAGGAAAGGAUUACGCUUUGCACUGGCUGGUUUUGGGAACACACACAUCUGAUGAGCAGAACCACCUGGUUAUUGCCAGAGCCCAGAUUCCCAGCAAUGAUCAGUUUGAUGCUUUGCAGUCUGACAGUGAGAAAGGAGAAUUUGGUGGCUUUGGAUCUGCGACUGGCAAAAUUGAAAUGGAGAUUAAAAUUAACCAUGAAGGUGAAGUGAACCGUGCCCGUUACAUGCCACAGAAUCCCUCUGUCAUUGCGACAAAAACACCCUCUGCUGAUGUGCUGGUGUUUGACUACACUAAACAUCCUUCAGAACCAGACCCAAGUGGAGAGUGUAAUCCUGACCUUAGAUUAAGAGGACACCAGAAGGAAGGCUAUGGUUUGUCAUGGAACUCAAAUUUGAGUGGACAUCUUCUCAGUGCAUCAGAUGAUCAUACGGUGUGUUUGUGGGAUAUAAGUGCUGGACCCAAAGAGGGCAAGAUUGUUGAUGCAAAAGCCAUCUUUACUGGGCACUCUGCAGUAGUGGAAGAUGUGGCAUGGCACUUGCUCCAUGAGUCUCUGUUUGGAUCUGUGGCAGAUGAUCAGAAGCUUAUGAUCUGGGACACAAGAUCUAACACCACAUCCAAGCCGAGUCACUCAGUGAAUGCUCACCCAGCUGAGGUCAACUGUCUGGCCUUCAAUCCUUACAGCGAGUUCAUUCUGGCAACUGGCUCUGCUGACAAGACGGUGGCUCUGUGGGAUCUUCGAAACUUAAAGCUGAAACUCCAUUCUUUUGAGUCUCAUAAGGAUGAGAUUUUUCAGGUUCACUGGUCUCCUCAUAAUGAAACCAUUCUUGCUUCAAGUGGUACCGAUCGUCGCCUUAACAUGUGGGAUCUAAGUAAAAUUGGAGAAGAGCAGUCUGCAGAGGAUGUACAAGAUGGGCCUCCUGAGCUGCUGUUUAUGCAUGGAGGACACACUGCCAAAAUCUCAGACUUCAGUUGGAAUCCUAAUGAGCCUUGGGUAAUCUGUUCUGUAUCAGAGGACAACAUAAUGCAGAUCUGGCAGGUGGCAGAAAACAUUUACAGUGAUGAAGAACUAGAUAUAACAGCAGCUGAACUGGAAGCUCAAGGAAUAUAGCUUUUCUCCUUUAAGGAACUACUGGGAAUGCCAUAGUCAAAUUCUAUUACUACUGUAUGCAUAAAAUAAAGCCCUGAAAAAAAAACCCAAAACCAAAUACCAAACCAAAACCCCACAAUCACUGGGCAGAAGUAUUGCAUCAAAACAAGAAUAUUCCUAAUCAGAUUAAAAAAGCUUUUUGCUUAACCAAGUUAUCAUGGGAUACCCUUGGUUCUGUGGGCACUUUGAGCUGUUACAUACUGUACAGCAAUUGGCUUAAGAGAAAAUAAGAUUAUUUAAUACCUCUGUCUAUAUUUUUAAAUAAACUAUUCCUGUAAAUAAAAUGAUCAUAUCCUCACUCUUCACACAUAAAAACUGUGUAAAAAAACACCCCUUUUUAUUAAUAUGUAAAAAGAACUUAUCACUUUA